AUGCAGAUCCAAGUCCGGUGCGGGUGCGGCGAGGCGGCGUGCCCGGAGUGGGCGGUGGUGGAGGUGCAGGGCGUGCUGCAGCCGCAGCCCUGCUUCUCCGGCCGCAUCCAGGGCCUCCACAUCGGCCGCCUCUGCUCCACCUCCUCCGCCCCGUCUUCCAAGGCAAGAACCACCAACCCUCCCUGCAUACUUGGUUUCUUGAUUUGGUUUGGGGGAUCUUCACGGCGGUCUUGCCAUUGCCAGGGCGGGUACACCUUCACCGUGGGGUACCAUGAGCUCGCCGGCUCGAAGGUGACUCUCAAGAAGCCCCUUCUGGUGCUGAGGAAGAAGAAGAACGACAAGGGGAACCCCGGCGAGCUCGGACAAGGUGGACAGGCGGCGGCGGCGGCGGAGGUGGAGCUGGAGGUGAUUGGCAUCAUCCGGCACAAGAUCCUCUUCAAGGACCGCCCCAAGGCCCUCAUCUCAAAGCCGGUGCCGAAGGAGAAGAAGGCCAUGCCGGAAGCGGCGACCCCAUCAACCGUGCCUCCCGCUUCCUGA